UUUAUUUAUAUUUAAAAAAGAAAAACAAGGUUUUGGAGAGAAAGAAGAAGAAGAAGAAUGUAUAGAGAAAGAGGAUCGAAGGGUAAAAUGGAAAGAUCUUCAACGGCGAGCAGCUCGAAAGCAGCAGCAGGUGGAUUGAAUUCAAAUGGCAAAGAUAUAAUCAUCGAUAAUAUUAAAGAUCGUGGAAACCCUAAUAAUAAAAAUUCUUCAAUUUCUAGGUCUUCUUUCCCUAAUAAGAAACCCCUUGCUAAAGGAGAGGUGAGUGUAGUGUCUGAAACAGAUAGUGAGGAAUCAGAUGUUAGUGGGUCUGAUGGGGAGGACACGUCUUGGAUAUCAUGGUUUUGCAGUCUGCGUGGAAACGAGUUUUUUUGUGAAGUUGAUGAAAAUUACAUCCAAGAUGAUUUUAAUCUGUGUGGUUUGAGCAGCCAGGUUCCCUAUUAUGAUUAUGCUCUUGAUUUGAUCCUGGAUGUUGAAUCCUCUCACGGUGAUAUGUUUUCAGAAGAACAAAAUGAAAUCAUUGAAUCUGCAGCAGAGAUGCUUUAUGGUCUUAUUCAUGUAAGAUAUAUCUUAACAACCAAAGGAUUGGGUGCGAUGCUUGAGAAAUACAAAAACGCAGAGUUUGGCAGAUGCCCAAGAGUAUUUUGUUUUGGACAACCCUGCCUUCCUGUUGGUCAAUCAGAUGUUUCUCGACAAAGCAAUGUAAAAAUUUUCUGUCCCAAGUGUGAAGAUAUCUAUACCCCUCAAUCCAGGUUUCAAGAUAAUCUGGAUGGAGCCUAUUUUGGGUCAACAUUUCCGCACUUGUUCUUGAUGACCUAUGGACACCUCAAACCACAAAAGACAUCACAAGACUACAUCCCUCGAAUCUUUGGCUUCAAGGUCCAUAAGCCAUGACUUUAAAAUCUCAGGUCCGAAGGUGUGCUUCUACACUUGUAUCGCGAGGCUACCUGCCAUUGGCCUCAUGUAACCUGUAAUGUUAUCGUUUUUUCUCCCUUAGCCCAAUAUGACUUAAGCUCAAAAGCGUGAUAAGGAAUCACUAUGACAACCCUAGGAUCCUUCAUAUAUGAUAUGUUAAAACAUCUAAUUAGAAGGAAAAGAAAAUUUGUGUGGUAAGAGUGUUCUGCUUCUUGUUGUUAUCCUCUUUGUAUGAGUACUGAUUUUGUCAAUUAGGAAGGCUUCUUUUUCCUCUUGAA